AUGGCAGCUCAUGUUUAUUCUUUCACUUCAUUUAAGCUCCCAUUAUCAAGCAUACGAGCAUAUCUAAAAGAGCCUAUUACUCCCAGGUUCGUACGCGGGGAGGAUUUAAUACGGGAAAGUGGAAUAUCAUAUGCAAUUGUGAGGCCUUGUGCAUUAACUGAGGAGCUUGCCGGAGCAGAUCUCAUUUUCGACCAAGGGGACAAUAUAACGGGUAAGAUAUCAAGAGAGGAGGUUGCUCAGAUUUGUGUUGUUGCGUUGGAAAGCCCCUAUGAAUCUGGCAAGACAUUUGAGGUCACAGCCCGACUUAUGUCCCUUAAUUGUGUGCUGUGUGCCGUGGCUUGGACCCUCAAAAUCCAACCCCCCGAGAAGGACUACAAUGUUUACUUUAAAACUUUGAAAGAUGGAAUUACAGGAAAGGAAAUCCUCGAACAAGAUCCUGUACCAGUGUAA